CCCUCCGGUCAGGGCGCCCAGCCUCGGCCGGGGCCAACGAGCCCGCACUCGCCGGCGCUCGCCUCGCUCCCCGCACUGGCGCCCGCUCCGCGUGCCGCAGUCAUGUGUCCCCGAGCCGGGCGAGCCUCGGCGCUGCUUCUCACGCUGGGCGCGCUGCUCUGGUCCGCGGCUGGCGCCUGGGAACUGACGAUCCUGCACACCAACGACGUGCACAGCCGGCUGGAGCAGACCAGCGAGGACUCCAGCAAGUGCGUCAAUGCCAGCCGCUGCGUCGGCGGCGUGGCGCGGCUCUUCACCAAGGUGCAGCAGAUCCGGCGCGCAGAGCCCAACGUGCUGCUGCUCGACGCCGGCGACCAGUACCAGGGCACUAUCUGGUUCACCGUGUACAAGGGCAUCGAGGUGGCGCACUUCAUGAACGCCCUGCGCUACGAUGCCAUGGCACUGGGAAAUCAUGAAUUUGAUAAUGGUGUAGAAGGACUGAUUGACCCACUUCUCAAAGAGGCCAAAUUUCCAAUUCUGAGUGCGAACAUUAAAGCAAAGGGGCCACUAGCAUCUCAAAUAUCGGGACUUUACUUGCCAUAUAAAAUUCUUUCCGUUGGUAAUGAAGUUGUGGGAAUUGUUGGAUAUACUUCAAGAGAAACACCUUUUCUCUCAAAUCCAGGAACAAAUUUAGUAUUUGAAGAUGAAAUCACUGCAUUGCAACCUGAAGUGGAUAAGCUAAAAACGCUAAAUGUGAACAAGAUCAUUGCACUGGGACACUCUGGUUUUGAAAUGGAUAAACUCAUUGCCCAGAAAGUAAAAGGUGUGGACGUAGUGGUGGGAGGACACUCCAACACAUUUCUUUACACAGGCACUCCACCUUCCAAGGAGGUACCGGCUGGGAAGUACCCAUUCAUAGUCACCUCCGAUGAUGGGCGGAAGGUUCCUGUGGUCCAGGCCUAUGCUUUUGGCAAAUACCUAGGCUAUUUGAAGGUAGAAUUUGAUGAAAAAGGAAAUGUCAUCACUUCACACGGAAAUCCCAUUCUUCUAAACAGCAGCAUCCCCGAGGAUCCGAGCAUAAAAGCAGACAUUAACAGAUGGAGGGAACAAUUAGAUCAUUUUUCUACCCAGGAACUGGGGAGAACAAUCGUUUAUCUGGACGGCUCCACUGGAUCAUGCCGCUUUAGAGAGUGCAACAUGGGCAACCUCAUUUGUGAUGCUAUGAUUAACAACAACCUUAGACACUCAGAUGAAAUGAUCUGGAACCACGUGUCUAUGUGCAUUUUAAAUGGAGGUGGCAUCCGAUCACCCAUCGACGAGCGGAACAACGGCACGAUUACCUGGGAGAACCUGGCUGCUGUGUUGCCCUUUGGAGGCACAUUCGACCUGGCCGAAUUAAAAGGCUCCACCCUGAAGAAGGCUUUCGAGCACAGUGUGUAUCGUUAUGGCCAGGCCACAGGAGAAUUCCUGCAGGUGGGCGGAAUCCACGUGGUAUAUGAUCUCUCCCGAAAACCUGGGGACCGAGUGGUCAAGUUAGAUGUUCUUUGCACCAAGUGUCGAGUGCCCAGUUAUGAGCCUCUCAAAAUGGAUGAGGUGUAUAAGGUGAUCCUCCCAAACUUCCUGGCCAAUGGUGGAGAUGGAUUCCAGAUGAUAAAAGACGAAUUAUUGAAACAUGACUCUGGUGACCAAGAUAUCAACGUGGUUUCUGAAUACAUCUCAAAAAUGAAAGUAAUUUAUCCAGCAGUUGAAGGUCGGAUCAAGUUUUCUGCAGGAAGUCAUUGCCGUGGAAGCUUUUCUUUAAUAUUGCUUUCAUUUUGGGCAGUGACCCUUGUUUUAUACCAUUAGCCAAAAAUUCUUCUUGGCUUUAACGUGUGGAACUGCAUUUUUUUUUAAGUGAGGUUCAAAUCUUUUAGGACCUGGCUUUGUCUUGGCACUGACCACCCUCCCAGGCUCCUAGAAGCUGAAUCUUAGAGCAGUAUAAAAGCAAGAGACUGACAUCAGCACUCAGGGUCCUCAAUUUAGUGAACAGACAGAAAAAGAAAUCAAAAUAGGGUCCAAUGAGGGGAGAGCCAACUCUAUUUAGUUUACAUACCCAAAUUUUAAUAAAAUUUAUUAGCAAAUUUAAGUCAUAGAAGUCAUUUCCCCCCUUUAUAUCCCUCCCUAAUCCACCAAAAAAACCCUACAUUUACACAGAACUUUAUCCUUUAUAAGGAGGUCUCGAGCACAUUGUCACAUUUGAUGCCAUAUCUAUGGUGGGUAAGAGAAGUGAUAUUUUUCCAUUUGACAGAUGAGGAAACUAAAGCUCAAUAAAGGCUGAAUGUUCAGGGGACCAGCA